UUCAAAGUAUCCCAGUGAGCCGAAGAGUGGUACCGGACAGUCUGAUUUGGAGGUGGGAAUUGGGAGGCAGAUUUACGAUUCGGAGUUGCUACCGAAAAAUCAUAGUCGAAUUUCAGGCACCGGACUGGAAGGGAUGGACGGUGAUGUGGAAUUGGCUUCUACUCCAAAAUUAAAUCUUUCUUCUGUCAAGCUUGUAGCAAUAUUCUUCCAACAACAUUCAAUUUAAGAAGGCGGACUGCCCGGUGAAGUGUGGAGUAUGUGGUAGUGGCGAUGAAUCCUUGCUACACCUGUUUGUUCAGUGUUUGGUGGCCAGAGCAUGUUGGAGCUCGGCGGUUGGUCUUGAAUGGGUGUGUUGGAGUAUUUCGUGUGAAAGGAAUCAAAGGAUUUGGAAUGGGAAUGGGAAGAAGAUGGAAGCUCUAAGCUGGUUAAAGGACCAGAUUUGGAAUCGUGGAUGUGGAGUCCGAUUCAUUAAUGGCCAUAUCGAAAAUCUGCAAAGGAGCUACAGUAAUUGGACGAACGGGGGGAGCUCGGUGACGUUGGAUAGCUUGACAUGGGUAGAGCUCGGUGACGUUGCCGACGGCGGGCCUACGCUGGUUGCCGUUCUGGAUGCAAACUCAAGGGAAGACAACGACGAAGGUGCAGAUAAAGAAGCUUUGAAUGACUUGAGCAGAUCUUUUUUUCUUGAUUUUUUUUCUUUAUUUUUUGGUGUGUUUUCGAAAUAAAAAGGGUUGUCUGUCUGACAGGCAACUUGUAAGUGCAGUGUCUGUAUUUGUUAGGAAGACUCGUGAAGUUGUUUGUCAUUUGCUUGUUAGUUGUUUGUAUUUUUUUGAGUUGCAUGUAUUUGUUUUGAGUUGUUUGUAAUGACUUUUUGGUCAUGUUGUUGUGAGGAGUCUGUAAGAGUCGUGAAGUUGUCUGUCAUUUUAAAAAUACAUGUUUGUAACUCAUAUUUAAUUGUUUGUCAUUUGAUUGUGAGUUGUAUGUAAUUUGUG